AUGUACUGGCGGGGCAACAAUGGUAAUGUUCCUGCGCCGCAGCGUGCUCCUAACGCACCGAACCAAGCACCACCAGCUCGAGGUCCGGGAGUGGAGGGCCAGGGUCAGGGUCAGGGCAAUCCUCAACCGCCGCCGCCGCCGCCCCAGCAGCAGCAACAGCCACCCGAGUUCCACCAAAUGCCCGCUAUGAACAACACCCGUGGCCCACAACCCGCAGAGGCGGAUCCUCAUCUGCAGCAAGGAGGGCAGUCCGAGUAUGGUGAGCGGCCACGAGGGCAGGGCCGAAGCGAGUAUGCUGACGCUGAACCCGCUGUUCCUGAUGGCGGGCGGGGCGGAGGUGCGCCUGACAAUGGACCGCCUCAGCACCCGUGGAUGCCAGAGACGCGGUUCUAUAACCAGCAGCAGACGCGGAGGAGAAGAUAA